UCGACAACAUCAACAUGGCGGCUAUUUUGAAGGGUCUGUUUAGGAAUUCAUCAGCUGGAAAAUGCAGCAGUCGGUGGUUGUAUUCAUCCUGGAUUCAGAGAUCCUGCAAGGAAAUAUCUUGUGGCUUUUGUGGCAAGAGUCGAUUUUUAUCUACAAGGUAUGAAAUCUCCAGUUGGCAGAAUUUUUAAUACAUUCCUGUUUAGGUUAUAUCCAUGCAGUGUACAGAGCAUGACAGAACUAGACGAGAUCUCGUUCUUGCAAAGGCAUUUUUGCCUCGCGUAGCGAAUGCAAACUGAACUUGUUGUAACAAUGCAGUUUUUCAGUACCAGUCUUUAGUAAACAGUCUUUCAGCCACAUACAAAAAAAUCUUGCGGGCGGCAUAGCGCAUCCUCAUUUAUAAGAGUCUGGCCCUUAACGUUAACAGGCCAAGAUGAUAGUGUUGCUCAUAUGUAACCUAUAUGGAGAUGAACUACUGCCAGGCAAAUACUUUUGCCGGAAAUUCUGAAGUUUAUUCCAAUUGCUUUUUUUAGUUAGCACACUAUAUUGCUAACAAUAUAAAGAACACGUGUACACUUAUUCUUAAUAAUAUAUAAAUAAAUAAACUCACUUGAAUUACUUUCAAUGCCAUUUUCGAUGUGAAAGGUUUCAUGCAAAACUGUACAUGAAAACCGCAAUCUUUAUUGAAGUAUGCUUGAGGAAUUGGAGGUCUAACAUGUUAUGAUCGCAAAGCCGCGCACAGAAGUAGUAAAUUUGUUGUGAAGUCCGUAAAAAUUCUGAAGAUGCUUGAUGCUUACAGUUAUCAACCCUUGCGAGAUAAGAGUCUCGAUUCAAGAGGCGAGUGUCUCAUCUCUAGAGACAAGCUUCUCGAUUGUCUCGAGAGAUAAGAGUCUCAUCUUUGCGAGAGGGUGGUAACUUACUUUAAGCGGUACUGUACUGGAGAGAUCCUUAGCCAGGUCUCCCUAGAUGGUCUUGUGGUUCCCAUGGUUGUGUCAUUAGAGGGCAAAGUUUGUGUCAGGAUACCAGAAUUUACACUUAUGAUUGCCCUGCUAGUUAGAUCACUGGUUGAGGUGUCAAAAAAAAACCUGGAUCAGAUUGGAUCGGAUCAACCCCAUUACUUGCUAGAUGACAAAACGUACAGGGGGAGAUGUCAUCUUCUCUGAUCCAGGUUUUGUCAGUUGUCCACUGCUUCCAAGGACAUUAUAAUAUAUAAGGAAUGCACUAAUGGUAUUUCACCUUAUUACAGUUAUUGUGUUUGAAACGUGAAAACAAUCUUGUUUAUUUUUUGUUUGACAGCUCUGAUCAGGAAAAAUUGAAAUUUAGUUACUGCCAAGGAUUAUCUGUACAACGAUUCAUUGGUGAAACCAUUGGCCAGAGACUGGACAAAACUGUUGACAGAUUUCCAGACCGUGAGGCUUAUGUGUUCUGUGAGGACAAUCAAAGAGCAACAUUUGCUGAUUUUCAGGAGGAGGUAAGGGUUGCAUCAGGUCAAAGGUGAUGUAGGUUAAUUUAAGAUAGUUUUUUUUCUGAUACCCAAUUAAUCUAGUAGGCACAAAGUGUGUCUCUGCCAAAACACAAGAAACCUGCAUGUUGAGUAUUGGGGUGUAAGCAUAACAGUCAAAGCUACCUUAAGCAGACACCCUCUUGAAGCAGAGGAAGUUGAAGCUUUUUGCUAAUGGGAUCGACAGGUUUUUAAGCAGAGAGUUUGAAUGGGAUUUUUUCAAGGCAGCAAUAUGAGCUAUUAGUGUCCAUCGUGAAAAUGAUUGCACUUUCAUGUUCUAGACGGCAGUGUCAAAGUUUGAACAAUAUGUAACUCAAACAUAGAGUCACAUGCAAGUGAUGGAUGAUUUCCCUAUUAGAGUGCCUUUGCUUGCCAAUGCUUAUUGAUUUGGGGAAAUGACAAGGACUUACUCUUGUCGGAUAGAUCUUGACCAUCUGCUAUUAUAUUUGUGUUUGUCUUUCUAAGACAUAAUUAUACCUAUUGUUUGAAUUCAGGUAAAUGAUCUUGCUGCUGGACUUGUGGCCAUGGGUUUAAAGAAAGGUGAUCGUGUGGGGAUGUGGGGUCCCAACACGAGAGAAUGGGUCAUCACUCAGUUUGCUACAGCUAAAGCUGGACUGGUACUGGUAAGUUACUGUUGUCAUUAAACACGAUAAAGAAAGAUGAGGAUGGUAGCUGGAGCUUUACACUACUGUGUUACAAUCUUUAGUUAGCAAUGUCCAUCCUUCUGAGGGCUAGUAUUAAUAGUAUCUGUUUUGUCGCCCUUUAGAAAAGUAAGGAUGUCAGUACUUUUAUGCAAAAAAAUUAUGCCUUAUAACUUCAUUGAGAUUGUUUUUCUAUAGGUCAACAUUAAUCCUGCUUACCAAAUUCCAGAAAUGGAGUAUGCCUUGAAAAAGGUAACUAGGAAUUACUGGUCAGUGCCUUGUCUUCCAUCAGAUGCUCUAGUUUUAAGUUGCAUUUUUAUUUGAAGUUAAUAUUAUAACCAUCACUUUAAAAUCUUAUCACUGACUCACAGGUUGGCUGCAAGGCUCUUAUAAUGGCUGAUCAGUUUAAAACCCAAGAUUACUACAAGAUGUUGACACAUGUUGUGCAUGAACUUCCACAAGCAAAACCAGGAGAUCUCUACAGUGAGAGGUUUUUAUUAUUUUUCUGAUUUUUGUGAUGUCAGUGCAGUAAAAAGGUAAAACUAACCAUAAAUUUUCAUGCUUUUCCUUCAUCACCAGUCAAUGUUUUAAAAAUUGUCUUAUUUUUGAACAGUUGCAGUACCUUUAAACUGUCUUCUUUUUGUUAAAAUUUGUAAGAGCUAAUUGCCAUUAUUAAGAAAAAUAUCAGUUAAGGAAUACUGGCAAAACCAUCUUAACAACCCCAUGUUUUUUCCACUUAAAAGUAUUAAGCAAUAUUGUUUAAACAAUCAUUGAUGUGGCAAAGAUCGAAGACAUUUCAUGGAGGAAAUUAGAAAUAUUAAGAAAAAAUGACAAAAUUAUUUCCCGUCGAAGAUGCAAUGGAGGUUUAAAGAGUCUAGACUAUAAGCAUACUUGUUGCUUACUACUGAUAUGUGCAUACACCUUCCUGCUUUGCCAGGAAGAGAAUUGAUUUGCUUGUCCCCAUUUGUAGGGUUACUAAGAAUGUAACUGCCUAAAAGCUUAAAAAAUGCUUCCUGUUUAAUUCGCAUGUAUCAAAAGUAGUAGUGGGGAGAAGUCUUUCAACUUUACUCUUAAAAAUCAUUUCCUUAGUUGUAGUGAGGUUUAUAGUCAUAAGAUUGUUUUGGGCCCAACUAAGUAUGUUUUCUGCUUCUCAGCGAGUUUAGUCUUGGGUUCCCUUAACCAUAAAACUUAAAGUUAAGUCAUCUGCAAACUUAACAAAAGUGCUUCUGUCAGAAUCGACAGCUUGUGUAUCAUUCUGAAACAUUACGGAAAAAGAUCAGGUCCCAGUAUAGUGCCCUGAUGUAAACCCCCGUUUAUUGGAAAAAAAGGUGUCAUGUUACCAUCAGCUAUUGCUUUUUGUUGCCUACUAAACAACAAAUUAAUAAUCCAGUUAACAAUGUAGGGAUUGAUGACUUGUUAAAUAAAAUACGGCGAUAUUUUGCCUAGUCUUUCACUGUAUCUAGCACAUUCAAUUGCCUCAUUAAGAUAUUUGGUUUGCAUAACAUUUAAUGUUUAAUUUGAUAUUGAUGUGUACAGAGUUCCUGAUCUUAAACUGGUGGUGAUGGCAAGUAAAGAUCAUGAAAGAGUGUUCAAGUGAGUAUCUCAAGAUUUUAACAUUUUUCAGACACUUAUCCGAUCAUCAUCUUUGAAAGAAUUUUGGGAGCCUUGUCUGGGGUUUAUGGAAGUGUGUCGUAGCCAAACCUAGUACAAGAAGAACAUAGGUGAUACUGUAAUUACUAUUUCCAGGGGGACAUUUUCAUUUCAAGAGUUGAUGGAGAUGGGAAGCAUCGAGGACAGACAGCAGGUGGAAAAUUUACAGAAAGAACUUCAAAGUGACGAUCCAAUCAACAUACAGUAUACUUCUGUAAGUAAAAACCUUACGAAAAUGCAAAGCAUGAGGGUUUAAAGAAGUCAUAGCACAUGUAUGCUAAAUAUUAAUAGUAACGUUUUCUCAGCUAUACAGUUGACUCUCAAUUACUUGAAUCUCGCAAACUCGAAACUUGCACUUACUCGAACCAAAGUCGAUUUCCCUUGGAUUUCCUUCAUACAUUUACUGUAAUUUGCCCUCAGUAACUCAAUCUCUCAAUAACUGGAACCUCCCACUAACUUUUGUUUCUGUUCAGACAAUUUCUAUAUAAUUUUACCCCUGAUAUCUCGAGCCAUGUUUUAAGAGCAUGACAAGUCAGGAAAAAGAGCAGUGUACUGAAGUCCACAAUAUUGAAUUUAUUAAUACACAACAGUGUAAAUCCUCUGUCUUUACUUUUAUAUCACCCCAGUUCAAAUUCAGUGUUCAUCUCUGUGUAUUAAUCAAGCUUUGCUACAUAAUUCUAUCAAAAAUAUCAAUCUUUAUCUCUUGCUGCCCUUGAACUGAAGUGUGCAUGAUACUUGCAUUAACUUCCCAUCCAUUUGCUUGUUUCCUUAUUUCAGGUUAUUUGCUUUGAACUCCCGAUAACUUGAACUUUUUUCAGUUUCCCUUGAAGGUUCAAUUUAUCGGGAGUUGACUGUGUGUCCAGAUUCCAAUUUUUACAAUUUGACUGAAUGACUUCUCACAUGUUAAUGGUUGAAAGCUAUGCUCUCUGAGAGCGUAGUCUAUGUUAAUGAUCUGAUGAUUUUGCAAUUUGAUUUUCUCCACCUCUUGCAUUUCACUAUAUUAAGAAACCUCCCCCGGAAACGUAGACUUAAAAAGCGGUUAAUGUUUUUGUAAAAAAACAAACAAACAAAUGGAUUACAAUUUUUUCUCAGUCUAUACUCUUAUAAAUCAUAAAAAAAUGACAUCAUAACGUCAAUCGACUCAAGUUGUAACACGACAGCACCAGGCGAGUGGUUUCACUGCAAAGUUUUGACCUUCUGACCUCAUUUCUUUGACUUGUAAGAGUUGAUUAUCCAGUUUAUUUUAAAUCUUUCUUUUAACAGGGCACAACAGGAAAUCCCAAAGGAGCAACAUUGUCUCACCAUGGAAUUCUUAACAAUGCGCAUUAUGUUGGAGAGAUUUUGAAUUAUGAGAAUCAGGUAACUUUUUCAAGGGUGUAGCGAAGGGGGAAGUUACUCAUCCAAGCUUCCACGAUUGUAAACUUUUUGUUUCAUGAUUGUUUUUUUAAUUAGAUAUUCAACUUUUUGUAGCAGAGUGGUGCGCCUUCAAUAAGGCAGUAAAAUUACAAAGUUUAGUAAUCAGUAGCUCACGUCAAGAAAUUAAAUGGCCAGAGGUUUAACUACUGUUUGUUUUAUUUACCUUAGUAUUCCAGAAUUUGUAUUCCUGUUCCACUUUACCACUGUUUUGGAAUGGUGCUAGGAAGGUAUAAAAGAGUGAAUGUCUUUUCCUGACUCCAAUCUUCUGCUAUGUUUGUCAAUCUGAAACGUGAUCUGUUCGUGUAUUACAUGUAUUACAUGUAGCUUAAACAGUAAAAAGUAAUAGGCCACUUCCGAGUUCCAAAAACUCUCACAUUCAAAACGAAGCUAAGUGUAACUUCCUUUCUUGUGCAAAUGAAAUUAAAAAUCAUUUCCAUAUCAAUGUCUUUCCACUUAGCCUCGCUUUAAAUCAGAGGCUUGGGGCAACUCGAAAAUGAAAUUAGUGUUUCUGAUUGGCCGUACCACGUGGGAAAUUUGCUUCAACCAAUCAGAAGCACUAGCCAUCUGGGUAGUGAUGCAUCAUCAGUUUGGAAUUUCUGCAGUCGUCACUCAGACGUCAUUUGGCGGGAAAGCAGUGGGGGCAUCGUGAAAUGUCGGCUGUUUUCACCAGCUAGUCCCCAUUGCUAAUCUCAACACUAGACUUGAGCCCUGGAUAUUGGCAAGAGAUGGCCGUUGCUACCCUAUCUCUGUGCUCUGUGGUAUCAGAGUGCUUUACCCGCUAAAUUGUAAGCUAGAACAGCUAAGAUUAUGUUACAAUUCUCCUUUCAGUUUAAUGUGUGCAGUCUACGGUACAACGUCAGUUUACCCUUCUCGAGGAUUUGACCCUGGAGCUGUCUUAACGGCCAUUCAGCAAGAAAGGUUAGAAUUUCUUUCUUUUUAUUUCAAAUAACACUUUCAGGAAAAUUCCUCGAAAAAAUUCCAUCUUUUAUUUUAAAAAACUUGGAAACAAGCAGCAUUACAGGAAAGCAGUGGUAGAAAGCUCUUAAAUAAGUUCCUUCGCAUGUUUAGAAAUAAACGUAAGAAGUUAUUGUAAACCGCAAGGGGUGCAUACAACAGCGUCAAAGUAAAACCUUUGUGUGCACCAUAAACAGUAACUGACAGCAAUGAGAAAAUUGCCGCGUCAUUGAAACUCAGUCCUGAACUCAAAGCCGAACGCAAGCACGAAGCUCUCAUCUCACUUAAGCAUCUCGAUCCCUGACCUAAGUUUACUACAAGGUUUUAGAUUUAGUACGCUUUGACAUAUCUUUUCUCGUAUAAAGGUCCCUGGUUGGCCUAUUCACUUUCUGAAUGCUCUCCUUGUUUGUGUAUUUGUUUUUUUUGUUUGUUUACGUGUCUGCAUAUAAUGGGUUAUGCUGUAGCAAGUACAUUGCAUUUUGUUUCAGGUGUAAUUCUCUAUAUGGAACACCUACAAUGUUUAUCGAUGUCCUCAACCACCCUGCGUUUGAGAAAUUUGAUGUCAGCAGUCUUAAUACAGGUCGAUAAGAGAUAGAUAACUAUAGUAUUCUGUUUUCUCUAAUAAUGUACAUGUAGUUUCUAGUAACAUACUAGAGAACGAAGUUGGGUUUUAACCAGUCAACGGCAUCAUGCAAAACAAGCCGCGUGAUUUGGCUGUCUAGUUGUGUGUUUUUCAUUUUCAUCCAGCUAUCUGCUGGUUGGCUUAUUCUGUUUGCUGUGAAUGUUGAGAAUUGAUAACUAUCUUGAAUCAAUUUACGUUUCCGGGAAACUGCCCACCUACCCCUCCCCUAAGCCAACAUUAACACUUACUUCUCGUUAGUCUCGUUUAAGGCAAAAUGUUGGCUUAGGGAAGGGGUAGGUGGACAGUUUCCCAGAAACCUAAAUUAUCCACUAUCUUUCCUUUCUUAUGAUUGAGGUAUCUCCUGACUGUUACAUUCAACGCAGAAAAAGGUGGAAGGGGAAGAGAAUUUGUCCUAAUUUCCUGCAAAUGUUUUUCAGGCAUUAUGGCUGGUUCACCUUGUCCAAUUGAAGUUAUGAAACAAGUCUUAACUAAACUACACAUGCCUCAAGUCACGGUAAAUACAGAAUGACUUUACUUGACAAAUAUGACCGUUAAGGUGUUUUCCAGCAUUCAACAACUAAAAUCCAGUUUAGAAUUGAAUUCCGAGCACUUCUUCCAUGAAGUGAAUGAAACAAAACUUUUCGGGUUUCCGGAAAAAAAGAGUACCACCUCGCGAGGUAAACUCGAAUUUUCGAAAAUUUCUUCCACAGAAACUCGCUUGCAACAUUGUUUCGCAUUUUAUCGAGUUGUACAACAUUGGUCCAACAUUUGCUGCCCGAAAAAUCGUCUUUGCAAAUCGUUUCGAUCAUGUAACAUGAUCUUUAGUCAACUUUGGUGUUUAUCAAGUAAACGUUAUAAUUGGCAAAGCAGUUGCUACUUAAUCUGAUAAUUUGUGAGCUUGAUGCAAUGAAUUUUGCUGUAGAUCUGCUAUGGUUUAACGGAAACAAGCCCGGUCACCGCUCAGACGCUGAUGGAUGAUCCAGUAGAUUUACGAGUUUCAACAGUAGGACGAGUGCACCCCAAUUGCGAGGUACGCCGUACUAAAGUGCUUCUGUUUUAAGCAGGUCUCCAUAUAGCCUCCCACGCAGACGUUCUCAGGGCUUAGUUGGCAAGGAUUGCGUGUCGUCUGAGUGGGAGGCUAGUGUCCAUAGUCCGUAUUAACUAAUUGAGGCAUGUCAUGCUGUUUUAUUGGCCAAAUUGGAUCAAAACAUAAAAGAAAUAAAACAGACUAUUAGCAUGCGUACUAUGUCUCUGAGGACAGUCUUUGAGAACACGCAAACGUCGCUCAGAACUCAUUUAUAGCCAAAUAGUCUGUUAAUUGACGUGUAGAUUUUGUAAUACCCCGUCUAGAUCGGUAUUCUCAUCCAAGCUUCUUUUAAGGAGCGAGGUUAACUUUUUAUGCGAAUGCAUUGCUCGGACCAGUACCCGGGGGGAGGGGGUACUGCCAUAUAUGGGCUAUAUAGGUAUGUGCCACUGUGAAGGGUAUGGUUUUCAAGCAGUUUACUCUGGGAUUUAAGGGAUAGGGUAUAUAAAUGAGAGAGUUUGGGUCUAGGAGAGGGUAUCAUUUUCCAUUUAAACUGAUCAAUUGGCUGAAGAUUUAAGUUUAGACUAGGGAAACCGGGAAUUGCCACUCAAGAAUAUAAAAAAAAUCAAAUCGGUUUUGUUUUGGUUGGACUGUGCUAGUGACCUCAGUUGUUUCUGGAAAACAGCUACUCUAGGAUAGGGGGGAUUUGGGGAGUUUAGUCUAGUAUAGGGUAGCAAAAUUCACUUGAACUAGCUCUGGCAUAGGCUAAGCUUUCGAGAGUCCCAGCGGCAUAUCCCCACCCGAAAAGUCCCAAAGUAUCCCCGCGGGGACCAGAAAAAGGUGUCCAUUGUGCUCAUUCGUGGCCGUAAUAACGAGUUGUCCGUAUAAGAGGGUAUUCGUAAAGCGGGGUUUGACUUUAUUUACUUUUCAUAUUUCAGGCAAAAAUCAUAGACAGUGACGGACGUGUUGUACCUAUCAAUACCUCUGGGGAAAUUUGCUUUCGAGGGUAUAGUGUCAUGCUGGGAUACUGGGAAGAUAAAGAAAAAACAGACGCCUGCAUUGAAGCCAGCGGCUGGUUCCAUAGUGGGUGAGUCCUUCAUGACAUAAAAGCAGUUGUUUCUUAAUUUGUGACAUCGCGUUUAGUAUUGAAAAGGAUGAGCGCUAUAGAAAUAUUAUAUUAUUAGAUGUGGUCAUAGUAGUCGUAGACGUCUUUCCCACGGCUCCCCACGGGGAAAUAGCUUAGUUCGAUUUCACUCCUGCGGUCACACGCUAAAAAAUUGCCCAUGGGCAAUGGUAAACCUUUACCCGAUUUGUCGGGAAAUACUGUACUGACUGAUGACACGAAACAUGUGAUGUUUUCGGUAAUUCUAGUGCUUGCAUUACAAGCUCAACCACAAACACAAACUAGUUAUUCAGAACCUUUUUUAAGAUGAGAACGUCAACGCCGACAACAAUUACGCUUCAUCCAGACCUUGCAGUUUUUGGUUGUAUAUCUAAGAACACGUCGACAGUAGCGCGUAAGAUUUGGCGCCAAUUUCAAUACAGCACACAAAGAUCACUUGAUUUUUACUGUUUACUACUUUUCAGUUUCUCGUGAUUGGUUGAGCCCCUUUGGGUUCGUAUUGACCCAUAGAACCACAGGCCACCCAGACUCACAACAGCCUACUUGAAGCCAAAUUAUGAGGAGUUGUAUGGGAAUUUAUCGUAUGAUCGAUGAAACGGUUAAAAUGUACAUAAACAGUACACAUACCUCAUAAAGAGUUGUGUCUGUGUUGUUUUCUUACGGUUUCCUGCCCUUUAAACGCCAUUUUAGCAAGUUUUAAUGUUAUGGUACCAAAACAUUAAAACUCGCUAAAAUGGCGUUUCAUUGGGGAAUUCAUGGAAAUUUCCCCGAGACAAUUUCACCUCAGAAAAAUCGGUCACACACUAAAAGUUGCUUCAAGCGUCAUUUACCCAUGGCUAGUGUGACCCCAAUUAUUAUGAUAUUAUUGUUAUUAGAUGUGGCGGGAGCUGGGAGUAUCUAGAGUACGUUGUCGUGAUUGUGUUUUUCUUGAAGGGAUUUGGCAACAAUGGACGAAGACGGAUACAUUAAGAUCAUUGGAAGAAUUAAGGUACAUUUAUUCUUUUAAAAAUGCACUCCACUGGUUUUAAUAAAGCCUCCUAAAAUUUGGUAUUUUGCUUCUUGUCAAGGAUCUAAUAAUUCGCGGAGGAGAGAAUAUUUACCCCACAGAAGUGGAGCAGUUUCUGUACAAGCAUCCUAAAGUGCAGGACGUUCAGGUAAAUUCAACUAUGUGAGCUCUUAGAGAACUGUAUUGCUUUUUGUUUGUUUGUUUGUUGGCAUAUUGUCCUCCCCCGGAGGGAAGAGUCGACAAAGUUAUAACCCUAACGGGGAGGCCCUGUCGUGUGGUCCGACCGCUUACCAUUUUGUAUACCAACCUUCUAUUGCACUGUCUUUUUAAUAUAAGCAAAUCACUCAACCAAGGAAGUUUUCUGGUCCUUUUCACAGCCGAGCAUGCGUCUGUUAGCCAGCUUUUGAGUCUUUUACAGCCCGAAUUGACAGAUUUCCCUCCCCUUUCAUAUACUUGAACAAGUGAAUUUCCUACCCUUUCAGGCCUCUGGCCCGUAUGAGCCAUUAUAGGGCGUACCCCUGGGAUUGGCCAUUCUGACGUUACGCAUGAAACUGGAUUGGUUUCGUGUCGAAUUGCACCAUGGGGUUGUUGUUUGAAUACUAUUACUUCCUCCAUUGGUGGUUACGAAGUUUGGCGGGAAACUGGGUCAAAAUGUGUCCCCAAAAACAGCGCCAUGGUACAAUUCGACAGAAUAACAUCGACCCCGUCUUAAGUGCAACUUCAGAAUGGCCAAUUCUGAUUCAAGUUGUUGAAAAUAUGGACCAAAUUUGGAAAAGGGACUGGGAGUCUCUGACAAUGCAAGCCCGGACAUCUGAUAGCGUUCCCCGGAAUGAAUGAAGAAGUGUGAACUUUGUUUUAUUUGGCUUACCUUCAGGUUAUUGGCGUCCCUGAUCAACGGCUGGGAGAAGAAAUUUGCGCGUGGAUCAAGUGAGAUAUUCCUUUCCUCUACAUAAUGACACUUGAAUUUGCUUUGAUACCUUCCGUAGAAGGUUACCGGAAAAAAUGAGGUUUUCCCACUCGUUGAAGUAAAGCCCGUUCAGCUCAAAGGCUGGCCGGUUACACUAAGGGCCUGUUUACAUGGAGUUGGGGGACCCCAGGUAGGUGAGGUAACAUGUGGCGGGUCACCCCACCUAUCAUGUAAACGUGAUCAAAUUAAAAUGAGACAUUAUAUGGACAGUUGCGUUACCCCACGUAAGCAGUUUACCUCACCUAUCUGGGGUCCCCACCUCCAUGUAAACAGGCCCUAAGAAUUUAAACUUAGCGUUAAAUAAUCUAAAUGCAAUAAAAAUUUAAAUUACUAUACAAAUUUGAGAAACGUCAAUAAGAAGUCACGGUGAAAAAAAAUGUCUUGCUUGGCUGCAGAAAGUCUUUAUUCUUUAUUCGUUCAGUGUGUUUAACAGAAGUUCAUUAAAACGUUUUUCGCCACUUAAAAGAAAGGUCCUUCUCAGUCCCAUAAUGAAGUUUAAACUUUGUUAGGUAUAACCCAAUACUCUGCUUUGUAGUGCAGUUCUGAACGUUGUAAAAUGUAGCUUAAUAUAAUAAAAAGUGGCUUGGGCCUAAUAAAUGAGGAGAAAGAGGGGCAAGCUUUGCCAUUAGCUCGUGAGCCAAGGUUUUCUUGUCAACUUAUCCAAUAAAGAACCCUUCUCACUUAAUUGUGAGACGAGUACAGGAAUAUAAAGAAUCGUUUGGAUAAAACUAACAGCCACUUUUUCUUUCAGAUUACACGCUGGUGAGUCAGCCACUGAAGAGGAGAUCAAAGAGUUUUGUAAAGGCCAGGUAUGCUCUACAAACGUUAAUCUACAAUGUUACUUUUUGACUUCAAUACUAGUUACAUUCUUGUCGUGUAUUUUUCAGAUUGCUCAUUAUAAAAUUCCUCGUUAUAUCACGUUCGUCGAUGAAUUUCCUCUCACUGUAACUGGAAAGGUAAGAACUUAACCUUAGAGGGUGAGGGUAAUGAAGAAGCUUGGAACUUGAGGGGGUGGGAGUAACGCAAAUGGUAAGUGAACGUGUCUGUGAGGAUGGGGAUAGGAUGACGGAAAAGAAUUUGACUUUGCUGUCAAAAGAAAAGGUCUUUUCCGAGUUCCAAUAAUUCUUACUUUGAAAGCUAGCGAGGGCAACUGCAAACCUUUCUUGUGAAAAUGAGUUUUAUUUGCAUAAAAAUGAGAAAUCAUUUCAUGUCAAUGGCUUCGCAUUUAGCCUACCUCUGAAAGAGAGGCUCGGAAAUGACCAAUUUGGUGGCUGCAAAUUCUGAAUCGUGUUAGGUCGUUUAAAGUUUGUGUGAAGACUUCUUGUGAUAAGCCAAUGAAUUCAACCGCAAAACAAGGACUUUAAUUCCUAUUUUCAACGUAUUGUCUCCUUCUAGGUGAAGAAGUUCGUCAUGAGAGAGAAAACAAAAGAAGACCUAAAUCUUUAACCAAGAACAUACUGAUGGUCUGGCGACAAGAUGCGGUCUCCUUAUGUGAUACUGGUCGUACGUGACAUUGCCUAUCAGAGCUGAUGGUGGCUGAUUACUCACAGGAAUACACAAAAUAGAGAGUUAUGGAAAUGACCUUCACAGCGUGAACUGUAAUUGCACUCUCGUUUCUGGCUGGACCACACUACGUACUAUACACAGUACCAAUGAGGAUUCUAAUGUGAACACGAAAAAAUAUUAAACAAUGCCACUGUGAUUACUUUUUUUUUUAAAUAACAUUUAUUUGGCUACAACACUUCUUAUGACAAUACUUACAUUUACAUGGAGGGAAAAUAAAAACAACGUACAAGAGAGAAAGGAAAAAUACAUUUUUACGGCAUUUACAACUAAUUAAGCCACUGUGAUUACUGGCAGGACCUGAACCACCUUUCUGAAAACUGAAAC